AUGAAUCUGGACGCAACACUCGACGGUGGCGAGGAGAUACGGUUCCUCAGCAAGGUGAGCGUGCUGGUGAAGCGGCUGCGGAAGUCGACGCACUUCACGCACCAGGAGCUGGAGCUGGUGCUGCUCAUCUACUACAAAAUGCUGAAGAACGAUCCGGACGCCGCCGGGGGACAGAUUUCGCGGCAGCAGCUAACGACGGUAUUCGACACCGUGUUCGGCAUCACGGAGCCGGCGGUCCUGCGGCGCAUCUACGCGGCCCUCGGCGACGGAGGCACGGGCGCCCACGUGGCCAUGGAGACCUGGGCCCAGCUGGUGUCGCUGUACCUGUGUGGGUCGCUCGAGGAGCGGAUCCGGUACUGUUACCGCGUUUACGACGCCCAGCGGGACGGGCACAUCCGCCGGGACUACCUGAUGGUGCUGCUGCGGGACUGCGUGCGGCAGGAGGGCGGCGCCGAGGAAGCCGUCAGAGAUCUGGUUGACAUUAUUAUCACCCGCCUGGACGUGGAUCGCGACGGGGCGGUGUCCUUCGACGACUACCGCCAGAGCGUGCUCGGGACUCCGCUGCUGCUCGAGUGUCUCGGCCAGGCCCUGCCCGAUCGGAGCCGCGUCGAAGCGUUCGCAGUGACAUUUUUAUCCACUUAG